AGCACCGGGGGCGGUGGGACCAGAGGGGUUGGGGCGCAGCGGGAAACGACUAAAGCUUGGCAACCGGAACUCUUUUGCGAGUGGUGUCACACCCGGAAGCGUGGCAAGACAGCUGCCGCACCCGGAAGUGUGAUGCUAUCGCCGCUGCUGGAAGUGAUGAUAUCCGGUUACUUGAGAUACGGGUUCAAAACAGGGAUGUGCAGAUGGACGCUGGAGGAAACACUGCUGCCCCGGCACCGGGGGACGCGGAGGACUUGGAAGCCACGCGGCUCUCCAGUGAGGAGGCUGGAGACAGUGGAGGGGUUCACAAAGAUCCGCCGGAUCCCGGAGACGGGGACCUGGAGGAAACAGGAUCCAAGGCCAAAGACCUGCUGCCCAGCCUUCUGUCAUCACUGCCCCAGCCAGAGGCCCCAUCAGGCACUUGUGGGCUCUGGGGCCCCACAGCCCCUGGGAGUAGUCCCAAGGGUGGACCUGAGAAUGGCCCUGGGGGCCAGGGUGGGGACCCCAGUGACGAGGACUGGCGCAACCAGCGGAAGCAUGUGUUUGUGCUGAGUGAGGCGGGAAAGCCCAUCUACUCACGCUACGGCAGUGUGGAGGCACUGUCGGCUACUAUGGGUGUGAUGACAGCCCUCGUGUCCUUCGUGCAGAGUGCAGGCGAUGCCAUCCGUGCCAUCUAUGCCGAGGACCACAAGCUGGUGUUCCUGCAGCAGGGCCCACUGCUAUUGGUGGCCGUGUCCCGUACUCCUCAGUCAGCGGCCCAGCUGCGGGGGGAGCUGCUAGCUGUGCACGCCCAGAUUGUGAGCACAUUGACCCGUGCAAGUGUGGCCCGCAUCUUUGCACACAAGCAGAACUACGACCUCCGCCGCCUGCUGGCUGGCUCAGAGCGCACGCUGGACCGGCUUCUGGACAGUGUGGAGCGGGACCCAGGUGUGCUGCUCCUGGGCGCCGUGCGCUGUGUGCCCCUUGCACGCCCAUUGCGGGAAGCCCUGGGUGCACUGCUGCAACGCUGCACAGCCCCUGGCCUAGCACUGUCGGUGCUGGCAGUUGGCGGCCGGCUGAUAACAGCGGCCCAGGAGCGGACUGUGCUGACCGAGUGCCGGCUGGACCCAGCUGACCUGCAACUACUGCUUGACUGGGUGGGUGCACCGGCCUUUGCAGCAGGCGAGGCAUGGGCACCUGUGUGCCUACCCCGCUUCAACCCCGAUGGUUUCUUCUACGCCUACGUGGCCCGCCUGGAUGCCAUGCCUGUCUGCCUGCUGCUGCUUGGCACCGACCGUGAGGCCUUCCAUGCCAUGGCUGCCUGCCGACGGCUGGUUGAAGAUGGCAUGCGUGCCCUCGGUGCCACACGUGCCCUCGCAGAGGUUGCCAGUCUCUCUAAUGUACCAUCAGCCAGUGCCCCUGCCUACAGUGUGCAGGCCGUGGGGGCACCCGGCCUCCGGCACUUCCUCUAUAAGCCACUGGAUAUUCCCGACCACCACCGUCAGCUGCCCCAAUUUACCAGCCCCGAGCUAGAGGCCCCGUACAGCAGGGAGGAGGAGCAACAUCGCUUGUCGGAUUUGUACCACUGCCUGCACGCGCGCCUCCACAGCACCUCCAGGCCUCUGCGCCUGAUUUACCAUGUGGCUGAGAAGGAGACGCUGCUGGCCUGGGUGACCUCCAAAUUUGAACUCUAUACGUGUCUCAGCCCUUUGGUGACCAAGGCAGGUGCCAUCUUGGUAGUGACCAAACUCCUGCGCUGGGUGAAGAAAGAGGAAGACCGACUGUUCAUUCGUUACCCGCCCAAGUACUCCACACCCCCUGCCACCUCUGUGGACCAGGCUCCCCAUAAUGGCUUUUUCACAGGACUCUGAGAGGCAGAGCUUCCGGAUGGGGCAGUGCUGGGAGUGACCAACUUUGGCUUUUAUCUCCUGUCUUCACCCUAGAAGUUUGGGUGAGGACGGGUGUCUGGCUGGUCCCUGUUUCCCUGGGGAAUGAGAGAAGAAAGAUCUGAGGGCCUGCCCACAAAUGGGAGGGUAGGUGGCAGCUUCGCUAUACCUCAGGUGAGCAGACUGUACCUCCAACUCUGGGGAAAUCCUUGGGCCUCCCCUUUCCCUUUUCUCUGCCUCACCAUCUCC